GCAGCGGGUCACUUGCUCCUGAAUGGUGAGAAUUUCAUUUGGACUCUCCGCCUGUCCCACCUUCAUUUCAGCGGCUCUCCUCUUGGUUUUCUGGCGCCGGGGUGUUUUCGUGUGCUCGGUAUAAUGACGGGUGGGAACAUGGUGAACGCUCAGCUCUGCGACGCUGGCGAGAAGGGUCGCGGCCUGAAGGCCACCAGGGCCAUCAGCCCUGGCGAGGUGGUCUUUGCUGAGCCCAGCUACGCCGCUGUGGUGUUCGAUAGCUUGGCCUCCCAGGUGUGCCACAGCUGUUUCCGGCAUCAAGCCAAACUGCAUCGAUGUGGUCAGUGCAGGUUUGCACAUUACUGCGACCGCACCUGCCAGACUGCAUGCUGGGACGAACACAAGCGAGAGUGCGGAGCCAUCAAGAAAACUGGGAAGGCGCCCAACCAGAAUAUCCGACUGGCGGCCCGUGUGCUGUGGCGUAUACAUAAGGACAAGGGCCUGGCAUCGGACAGUCAGCUGGUACCAGUGGACCAGCUGGACGAGCACGUGCAGCACCUGCCUGAAGAUCAACACAAGCAGCUGCAGGCCGACGUGCACAGCCUGCAGAAAUACUGGUCCUACGGCAGCCAGCAGCACUCUGAGGACUUCAUCUCUCAUAUCUUCGGCAUUAUCAAAUGUAAUGGAUUUACUCUGAGUGACCAGAGGGGUCUGCAGGCUGUCGGCAUGGGUCUUUUUCCAAACCUGUGUCUGGUCAACCACGACUGCUGGCCUAACUGCACCGCCACCCUCAACCACGGAAACCAGUCAGCGGUGAGCUCUGCUCUUCACUCCCAGAGGAGGAUCGAGCUGCGGGCUCUGGGGAAGAUUGCAGACGAGGAGGAGCUGACUGUGAGCUACGUGGACUUCCUCCACCUGUCUUCUGACCGUCAGAAGCAGCUGAAGGAGCAUUUCCACUUCGACUGCACCUGCAAGCACUGCAGCGAGCACAUCGGAGACGACCUGAUGACGGCGGGGGCAGGAGGUGACGGGGACAAAGUUUGUCCCGAUAAGGUGAGAGAGGUUGCUGCCUUCAGUAAGGAGUGCCUGGAGAAGAUUGAGAAGUCCCGCGUGGAUGGAGAUUUCACCGAGGUCCUGAAGCUGUGUCGGGAGUGUCUGGAGAAGCAGGAGCACGUCUUGGCCGACACGCACCUGAGCCGGCUCCGGGUCCUCAGCAUGGCCGGGGAGGUGCUGUCCUUCAUGCAUAACUUCUCAGAGGCCGCAGACUUCGCCCGCAAGAUGGUGGACGGAUACAAGAAGUUGUACCACCCCAACCACCCCCUGCUGGGCAUGGCCGUCAUGCGGGCGGGCGUCACCCAUUGGCACGCAGGGCAGAUCGAGGUGGGACACGCCAUGAUCUGCAAGGCCUACCGCAUCCUGCUGGUCACCCACGGAUCCCACCACUCCGUCACCAUAGACCUGGAGAAAAUGCGGAUGCAGUCCGAGAAGGAGCUGAAGAUGCUGAAGGAGCACGAGGAUGCUGAAAACCCCAAAGGCUUCCUGCGUAAGGAGUAACUCCACUCCACGACUGCUCCUCCUCUCCGAGAUUCCUCCAGUCUCCGAGUCGCUCUCUGAAACACAUCGUACAGUAUCUACAAUAAAACUGAAGAUGCUUGUGCUGUUUCCUCACUCA